CUACAACUGUUAUACUCAACUGCCCAGUGGGCCAGUGCCACUGGGUUUAGCCGCCUGACACUCCAAUUGACUCCAAUAUACUCAAAAGAACUUAAAAGAAGACGCAAUGGAACCGAAGAUUCCCCUUUUUCCCCUGGGGACCUACUUUCCUUCCUACCCACCAUGAGCGAUUACACUGGCGCUGACGAGGAAAAAGCUGAAAUCACUGAAACUACAGCUUCCGUCGACGAGAGCGACCCCGAUGCGAAAUUUGGAGGUCGGGAGGCGCGAUUAGCCCUGGAACGCAAGUUGUUAUGGAAGAUCGAUUUGAGGAUACUCGGCGUGCUCGUCCCAAUCUAUAUCCUCAACUAUGUGGACAGGAACAACGCUGGAGCGGCUCGCCUGCGAGGUUUCGAGACUGAUCUGCAUCUCAAAGGUCAGGAAUUCGCUACAUUGCUCUCAAUCCUUUACGUCGGAUAUAUCAUAAUGCAGAUACCUUCAAACAUGUUCCUUAACUAUAUCGGCAAACCAUCUCUAUAUCUACCAGGUUGCAUGGCAGUGUGGGGGAUGAUAUCGUGUCUGACAGGUAUCACGAACAACUUUGUCGGCGCUUUGUUAACGCGGUUUUUUCUCGGGUUCGUGGAAGCUGCAUUCUUCCCUGGAGCCCUGUUUCUUCUAUCCAAAUGGUACAAGCGCGAGGAGAUUGGUCGACGAACUGCUAUCUUAUAUUGUGGAAAUCUGAUAUCGAACGCGUUUGGCUCUCUCAUGGCAUCGGGUAUCCUAAGUGGGAUGCAAGGUACCCUUGGACAUGCGGCUUGGAGAUGGUUGUUCUACAUUGAAGGAUCUCUUACAGUAUUCGUCGCCAUUUGCGCUAUGUUCAUAUUACCGGACUUUCCUACUACGACGAAAUGGUUAACACCUUCGGAACGAACACUAGCUGUGCAACGAAUGAAAGAAGAUGCCGGUGUCGGAGAUCAGGGAGAAACUGAGGUCGGCGGGCAAAGCUCGGGUUUAGUGCAGGCCCUCAGUGACUGGAGAGUAUGGUGGAUGUCUCUUGCUAUGACCGCGCAGGUCGUCUCACUGAGUUUCAACGCCUAUUUCCCUACUUUAAGUGCAACAUUGGGCUUCAACAAUACUGUGACGCUUUUGUUGUGCGCCCCUCCAUUUGCGUUCGCUUCGCUGGCCGCAUUCUUCCUAUCACGGCAUUCGGACCAAACGAAGGAGCGAUUUUGGCAUGUCGCGUCUUCAUUUGGCUUAGGCAUAGUAGGGUUUAUCAUUGCAAUCGGCACCAUGAACACAGCGGCUCGUUAUGUUUCACUCUUCUUAAUGGCUCAAUCUUACGCGGGAUUUGUGGUAGUUUAUGCAUGGAUCAGCAAUUCUUUCCCUCGACCCCCCUCCAAACGGGCUGUUGCUUUAGCCUUGAUGAAUGCCUUUUCGCAACUGGGAAACGUCGCUGGGUCGUAUGUAUUUCCUACGAUGUGGGGACCGACGUAUCGAAACUCUUAUGGGAUCUGCAUCGCAUGUGCCGGGGUGGGCAUUGUCAUGUGUUGGGUCUUUAAAAUGAGCUUGACCCGUUUGAAUGAAAAGAUGGAGAGAGAGGAGAGGGAGAAAGGCAUCACAGAGGAAGGCUUUAGAUAUAUCGUAUGAAAAAUAGUUAAAUAUAGUAUGGUUACAAUUAUGAGACUUGGUUAUGAGUCACUCACU